UAUUUUAUUAAUUCUUAAAAAGUUCGAGAGGGGGUUCACCAAAUCGGAGCGAAAGGGGAGAGACGCGAUGAUCUACCGGAAGUGGUCUCUGCUCUCAUCGACGAUCGUGAUUUGGGGCGGCGCCGCCACCGUCGGCCUCGCCGGGUUCUUCCUCUUCGGUGGCAAGGAGAAGUUCCAAGAUUAUCUGAUCCGUGAGGGUGAGCGGCUCCGGCAGCAGGAUAGGGCCAUGAUGGCUAAAACUAGCAAAGCCUAAAUGAGUCCAUAAGAAGGCGAUUCGGCCAUGACUAUGCCCUUGUUUUAUUUGAACCACUUGGCAUGGUGGGAAUCAGUCUUGUACGUUCAUGUUAAUAAUCGUCGCUUCGGUGACUCUUAAAUCUGUUUGCUUUGUUACUUUGCUUGCAAACUAGUCGCUAUUGAAUGCCAAAUAUGGAUUUUUCAUAUGCUUAUGACAAA